GUUUGACUAAAACUGUCAAUUGAGGAAUGCCAACAGAAUGCACAUUAGUGACGUCUCUGGAAUGGUCCAUCAACUAAAAUUCAUUCAAAUGGGACUAAAAAUAAUCGGGGUGUUAGUGAUGGGUUCAGAUAAUAUUCCUUACAACUCUUUUUUAUGAUAGGAUUACUUCUAGGCCGGGAUAACCAGACAGACUAGAUGACAGAAUCAUGACGGAUGACUCCACCACCCGAUCUUGGCCGUUGAUCCGGACCAAUAUCCGUUAACCAGAGUUGCUUACCAUCACGGCCUUUUUACACCCUGCAAAAGUCAAAAUCAGGGUAAAUUUUAAGCCACCUGCUAAUCUUCCCUUUCCCAUCUCUGGUUUGAGUGUCUUUAUCUCUCAGCAAUUCCAGUCGUAUUCAGAGUUGUUCAUCCAUACUACUGAAGUUUAACUUAACUAGUUGAGGAAUGCUAGUUUGUAAGGACUAGAUUUCCAAGCCGGUGCCAAGAUAAUUUCAUCUACGCCAUGACUGACCUUCCUCCUGCCCAGACCCAUCACCAACUUUUCACUUACCCCGGAGAAGGAAUAGCUACCUGUGACUAUGAUUCAUACGGCAUGAAUGACAUAAUGCUAACAACAAUUGACCUGCGCCACUAGUUAAUUAAACAUCGGGAUUAGGAUUUAUGAGAUUAAAUAUGUCCUUUUCGCCCUCCUCACAAGUCAGAGACAAUGCUGACUUUCCCAUUUCUGUUGAUAAAAUGAAGUCUAACAAAUCGGAAAGGCUUGAAGCAAAAAAAACAAGGUAAUGCCAAUGGUAUUUCUCAAGCAUUAGCCCCUUCUCCUCCCCUUCCAGUGUUCUUCUGCUCCCCAAUCCUCCACUGUGUAGCUGCUAUCUCCACCAUUUUGAGUGGCAAGAUGAGCUCGACCUUGCUGUUCUUCCCGCUCUUGACCUCCUUGCUCCUCCUCGGUGACUUGGCGGACGCCGUCUGCGAGCCGGCGAUAUGCGGGGAGCUCACCGUCAGGUACCCAUUCUGGCUGGGCGGCCCUGAUCUCAGCCGGUCGUCGUCGCCCGCUACCUCCUCCUGUGGCCACCCGGCCUUCGAGGUGUGGUGCAGCAAUGACGGUGUGGCGUCCUUGAAGGGCUCGCAAAUCCUCGUCCUCACCAUCGACUACACCGACAGCUCAUUCAUCACCUCCCACAAAAGGGUCGCCGAGGGCAGCGACGGCGUGUGCCGCACCGACUUCAACAUAUCCUCCAGCCUAGCCCUCAGCCCGUUCACGAUCAGCAGCAGAAACCGGGCCAUCUGCUUCCUCUACGGCUGCAACGGCACGGAGCCACCGGAGGUCGACACCCUUGUGAACGCCACCUCCGGCUGCGGCAAGCCCAUCUACGCGUACCUCGGCGGGAGCUACGACCGUGACAAACCACCGGCGAUCCAAGCCGGGAACUGCACGUACUCGUACCUGCCGGUGCUGGGGUCGGAGGCGCCGGCGAACUUGACGCCGGCGACCAACUACAGCAUGCUCUUCAAGGAUGGGUUCGUGCUGGAGUGGCCCAAGAACGGGUUCGGCGACUGCGACGCCUGCAACGCGAGCGGCGGGCAGUGCCGGUACAACAACGACUCCGCGGCGUUCGCGUGCCUCUGCGCCGACGGCAAGACGCGCGGCCCGAAGUGCACCGGUUCAAAAGGCAACAGGAGGACAAUAGGAAUAGCACUUGGAGCAGGCGGCGGAAUAUUGGCUAUAAUAAUCUUCAGUUUUGUUUGGCACAAACACAAAAAGAGGAAACAGUCCCGAGAUCUGAAAGAUCUAAUGCGUAGCACAUCUUCAAUGCAAUCAUACAGCAAAGACCUUGAGUUGGGUGGUUCUCCCCAUAUCUUCACUUAUGAGGAACUUGAAAAGGCUACUGACGGAUUUAGUGCCUCAAGGGAACUAGGCGAUGGCGGUUUUGGAACUGUUUAUAAAGGAAAGCUGCAGGAUGGGAGAGUAGUUGCAGUGAAGCGCCUUUACAAGAACAACUACAGAAGAGUAGAGCAAUUCGUAAAUGAGGUAGACAUCUUGUCCCGCCUACUGCACCAGAACCUUGUUACCCUAUAUGGCUGCACGUCUCGUUCUAGCCAUGACCUUCUCUUGGUCUACGAGUUCAUCCCAAAUGGGACAGUUGCAGACCAUCUUCACGGACCCCGUGCAGCAGAACGAGGCCUCACAUGGCCUGCAAGAAUGACCAUUGCCAUAGAAACGGCUGAAGCACUGGCAUACCUUCAUGCAGUUGAAAUCAUACACCGUGAUGUUAAGACCAACAACAUAUUGCUAGACAACAGCUUCCAUGUCAAAGUUGCGGACUUUGGACUAUCACGCCUGUUCCCACUUGAAGUCACCCAUGUCUCAACUGUUCCACAGGGCACACCAGGCUAUGUUGACCCUGUGUACCACCAGUGUUACAAGCUAACUGAUAAGAGUGAUGUGUAUAGUUUUGGUGUUGUGUUGGUAGAGCUAAUAUCCUCAAAACCAGCUGUAGACAUGUCCAGGAGCCACAGUGACAUUAACUUGGCUAGCAUGGCGCUCAACAGAAUUCAGAACCAUGAAGUUGAUCAGUUGGUUGAUCCAGAGCUCGGUUAUGAGACUGACAGCGAAACGAAGAGGAUGAUAGAUCUGGUGGCUGAGCUAGCCUUCCAGUGCUUGCAAUUGGACAGGGAUAACAGGCCACCAAUCAAGGAGGUAGUGGCGGUCUUGCAUUGUAUCAAGAACGGGGAAUGUCCAGCCAAAAUGAUGAACAAGGAUGCGUCUCCAAAGGAAGAUUCACAUCUGCUGAAGGACAACCUACAGUAUUCACCUGACUCAGUUAUCCAUAGAUUCCAUAGCCAGUCUACUAACCACUCGGUAGCAUCAAAUUCUAGCGGAUGAUGAGUAACUUUGUACUGAUUCUGACGAAAUAACGCACCUAUCGGAUGAGCUGUAUAUAUCAUAGAGUUCGCUAA